AUGUUUCAUAAAGCUAGCAUACAGUUUGCAAGGGCAGGACUUGGGAAAGGGGUUCCUUCUAUGCGUUUGUCAUCCAUGUUUUCAACGCGCUCAAAGGUAGUCCCAUCACUAGCCAAGCAAUACCAGACAAAAUUCACUGUUCCGUAUAAUCACACAUUUGGAGUCAAGAGAUCGUAUACCACUGCGUCGUCUACCUUCAAUCCAACUUCCAAAGUCGUGCAUGCUGCUGCAAAGCCCAACCCCGACAUUGUUCCUCCAAAGUCUGUUGGGUACUGGUUAGUUGGCACGUCAACUUUGAUCUUUGGGAUUGUAGUGUUGGGUGGUCUCACAAGACUUACCGAAUCAGGUCUUUCCAUCACUGAAUGGAAACCAGUUACCGGGUCAAUUCCUCCAUUGAACGAACAAGACUGGAUAGACGAAUUUACAAAAUACAAAGACUCUCCCGAGUUCAAGCAAUUGAAUUCGCACAUUACAUUAGAAGAGUUCAAAUUCAUCUUUUUCAUGGAAUGGAGCCAUAGACUAGUUGGAAGAUGCAUUGGUCUUUUCCUUAUACUCCCAGCAAUUGCAUUUUACGCUCGCAACAAGUUUACACCAAGACUUACGAGAAGAGUAAUUGGACUAACCGGUUUAUUAGGUCUCCAAGGAGCGAUUGGGUGGUGGAUGGUCAAGUCAGGGUUGGACGAAGAGCAAUUGGCUGAGAGAAACUCCAAGCCAACUGUGUCACAAUACAGAUUAACUACUCAUUUGGGAGCUGCAUUCUUGAUGUAUCUUGCAGUAUUGUACACUGCAUUUGAAGUUUUAAAUGAAAACAAAUUGCUCACCAUGAUCAAGAAAGGUAAAGGGCAAGCGGUGGAAACAAUUCUUGGUCAGCUUCAGAACCCGGCAUUGAAAAAUACUAGAGUGAUGGCGUUGGGUUUGUUGGUUUUGACAUUUAUUACAGCCAUGUCCGGUGGUAUGGUUGCUGGGUUGGAUGCCGGUUUGAUCUACAAUACUUUCCCCCACAUGGGAGAUGAUUGGGUCCCCAGCAAAAAUGAGCUUAUGUCAGAUGUUUUUGCACGCAAACUGGAUAAAUCAGACUUGGUGUGGAGAAAUUGCUUAGAAAACCCAACUACCGUACAACUCAUUCAUCGUAUAUUCGCAACAACUACUUUCUUUGCUGUCUUGGGUGCACACAUGUAUGUCAAUAAGAGGAAGGCAAUAAUUCCAAAGACGGCAAAGUCGAUGAUGCAUGCAACAAUGGGGUUUGUGACGUUGCAAGUUGCAUUGGGUAUUAGUACAUUGAUUUACCUUGUGCCUAUACCUUUGGCAGCUGCCCAUCAAGCUGGCGCCUUGGCGUUGUUGACAGCCGUGUUGGCCUUUUGUGCAAGAUUGAAGAAACCCAGACCUGAAUUUGCAAAGUAUGCAAGAAGUUUAAUAACAAAAAGAGCCAUAUGA